GGCAGCGGCCACUGUUGGGGGGCGGGGAACUUUGGCUAAGGCGACCCUGGUGGCUUAGGCACCCGCGACUGGCGGCAGUGGCGGCUCCUGGUGCGUUUGGGCCCACGGCCAGCUUUCUAGUUCGGAACGGAACGCUUGGCGUCACGGGCCCCGCCCGGAAAGUUUGCCGUGGAGCAGCGACCUCCUGGCCGGCGCGGCCCGGCAUGAAGCGGCGCUGAGGAGCUGCCGCCGCCGCCGCCGCCGCCGCCGCCGCCGCCGCGGCCGCCUGAGGAGGAGCCUCAGCACCCCGGGCCACGCCGAUGACUACUGCAAACUGUGGCGCCCACGACGAGCUCGACUUCAAACUCGUCUUUGGCGAGGACGGGGCGCCGGCGCCGCCGCCCCCGGGCUCGCGGCCUGCAGAUCUUGAGCCAGAUGAUUGUGCAUCCAUUUACAUCUUCAAUGUAGAUCCACCUCCAUCUACUUUAAACUCAUCACUUUGCUUACCACAUCAUGGAUUACCGUCUCACUCUUCUGUUUUGUCACCGUCGUUUCAACUUGAAGGUCACAAAAACUAUGAAGGAACUGGUGAUAUUUCUGAAUCUAAAUAUAGCUCACUAGGUGGUCCCAAGCCCUUUGAGUGCCCAAGUAUUCAGAUUACAUCCAUCUCUCCUAACUGUCAUCAAGAAACAGAUACAAAUGAAGAUGACCUACACAUAAAUGAUGCAGAUAGGGAAUAUUUGGAAAGACCUUCUAGAGAUCAUCUCUAUCUUCCUCUUGAGCCAUCCUACCGGGAGUCUUCCCUAAGUCCUAGUCCUGCCAGCAGCAUUUCUUCUAGGAGCUGGUUCUCAGAUGCAUCUUCUUGUGAAUCUCUUUCACAUAUUUAUGAUGAUGUGGACUCGGAGUUGAAUGAAGCUGCUGCCCGAUUUACUCUUGGGUCGCCUCUGACUUCUCCAGGUGGCUCUCCAGGAGGAUGCCCUGGAGAAGAGUCUUGGCAUCAACAGUAUGGUCUUGGACACUCUCUGUCACCCAAGCAGUCUCCUUGCCACUCUCCUAGAUCCAGUAUUACUGAUGAGAAUUGGCUGAGCCCCAGGCCGGCCUCAGGACCCUCAUCAAGGCCCACUUCCCCCUGUGGGAAACGGCGGCACUCCAGUGCCGAGGUUUGUUAUGCUGGUUCCCUUUCACCCCAUCACUCACCUGUUCCUUCUCCUGGUCACUCCCCUAGGGGAAGUGUAACAGAAGAUACCUGGCUCAAUGCUUCUGUACACAGUGGAUCAGGCCUUGGCCCUGCACUUUUUCCAUUUCAGUACUGUGUAGAGACUGACAUCCCUCUGAAAACAAGGAAGACUUCUGAAGAUCAAGCUGCCAUACUACCAGGAAAAUUAGAGCUUUGUUCUGAUGAUCAAGGGAAUUUAUCACCAUCCCGUGAGACUUCAAUAGAUGAUGGCCUUGGAUCUCAGUAUCCUUUAAAGAAAGAUUCAUCUGGUGACCAGUUUCUUUCAGUUCCUUCACCGUUUACCUGGAGCAAACCAAAGCCUGGCCACACCCCUAUAUUUCGCACAUCUUCAUUACCUCCAUUAGACUGGCCUUUACCAGCUCACUUUGGACAAUGUGAACUGAAAAUAGAAGUACAGCCUAAAACUCAUCAUCGAGCCCAUUAUGAAACUGAAGGUAGCCGAGGGGCAGUAAAAGCAUCUACUGGUGGACAUCCUAUUGUGAAGCUCCUGGGCUAUAGUGAAAAGCCAAUAAAUCUACAGAUGUUUAUUGGAACAGCAGAUGAUCGAUAUUUACGACCUCAUGCAUUUUACCAGGUGCAUCGAAUCACUGGAAAGACAGUUGCCACUGCAAGCCAAGAGAUAAUAAUUGCCAGCACAAAAGUUCUGGAAAUUCCACUUCUUCCUGAAAAUAAUAUGUCAGCCAGUAUUGACUGUGCAGGUAUUUUGAAACUCCGUAAUUCGGAUAUAGAACUUCGAAAAGGAGAAACUGAUAUUGGCAGAAAGAAUACUAGAGUACGACUUGUAUUUCGUGUACACAUCCCACAGCCCAGUGGAAAAGUCCUUUCUCUGCAAAUAGCUUCUAUACCUGUUGAGUGCUCCCAGCGAUCUGCUCAAGAACUUCCCCACAUUGAGAAAUACAGUAUCAACAGUUGUUCUGUAAAUGGAGGCCUUGAAAUGAUCGUGACUGGAUCUAAUUUUCUUCCAGAGUCCAAAAUAAUUUUUAUUGAAAAAGGACAAGAUGGACGACCUCAGUGGGAGGUAGAAGGGAAAAUAAUCAGGGAAAAAUGUCAAGGGGCUCACAUUGUCCUUGAAGUUCCUCCCUAUCAUAACCCAGCAGUUACAGCUGCAGUGCAGGUGCACUUUUAUCUUUGCAAUGGCAAGAGGAAAAAAAGCCAGUCUCAACGUUUUACUUACACACCAGUUUUGAUGAAGCAAGAACACAGAGAAGAGAUAGAUUUGUCUUCAGUUCCACCUUUGCCUGUGCCUCAUCCUGCCCAGACCCAAAGGCCUUCCUCGGAUACUGGGCACGCACAAGACAGUGUACUGUCAGCACAGAGAAAUUUGGUUUGUUCCAUCCAACAAUCAUAUGCAUCUAUGGUAACCUCAUCCCAUCUACCACAGUUGCAGUGUAGGGAUGAGAGUGGGGGUAAUGAACAGCAUAUGAUACCUUCUUCAAUUGUGCACCAGCCUUUUCAAGUUACACCAUCUCCUGUGGGGUCUUCCUAUCAGCCUAUGCAAGCUAAUGUUGUGUAUAAUGGACCAAGUUGUCUUCCUAUUAAUGCUGCCUCUAGUCAAGAAUUUGAUCCAGUUUUGUUUCAGCAGGAUUCAGCUCUUCCUGGUUUAGUAAAUCUUGGCUGUCAACCACUGUCAUCUAUACCAUUUCAUUCUUCAAAUUCAAGCUCAGCAAGACAUCUCUUAGGACAUACACCUCAUUCUGUGCAAACCCCACCUCAUGUGCAGUCGGUGAGAUACCAUUGUUCAAGUACAGGACAAAGAUCUCUUUCUUCUCCAGUAACAGAUCAGAUCACAGGUCAGCCUUCUACUCAGUUGCAACCUAUUACAUAUGGUCCUUCACAUUCAGGGUCUGCUGCAACAGUUCCCCCAGCAUCCUCUUGUCCCCUGGCUAGUUCACCACUUUCUGGGCCAUCCUCCCCUCAGCUGCAGUCUAUGCCUUACCAAUCUCCUAGCUCAGGAACUGCCUCAUCGCCAUCUCCAGCCACCAGAAUGCAUUCUGGACAGCACUCAACUCGAGCACAAAGUACAGGCCAGGGAGGUCUUUCUGUACCUUCAUCCUUGAUAUGUCACAGUUUGUGUGAUCCAGUAUCAUUUCCACCUGAUGGGGCAACUGUGAGCAUUAAACCUGAACCUGAAGAUGGGGAACCUAACUUCACAACCAUUGGUCUACAGGACAUCACUUUAGAUGAUGACCAGUUUAUGUCUGACUUGGAACACCAGCCAUCAGGUUCAGCAGAGAAAUGGCCUAACCACAGUGAGCUCUCAUGUCCAGCUCCUUACUGGAGAAUCUAGAGGAGGCAAUCCUGGACUGCACUGUAGACUUAAAUUUGCACUCUUGGUAGUUCAUCUGCAGCUCCACUUGGAAGGAGGCCAUAGUAUCAGAGCCAAGUGUUUGUGAGAGAGGGGUCUAAGCUUCAGGCCUCUGGACUUCAGUAGCUGAGCAGGAGGAACACAGUCUUCCCUUACUGUCAGGUUAGCUCCUUUCUGCAAAUCCAGUUAUUUCUAGUCACUUACUUUUUUUCCCUUCUAAUUGAUUUGCUCACUUAUUUAAACUUCUUUUAAAAGGAAAGGUUAGUCAGAUAUUGUGGGAUAAGCCUUCAUGUUACCUACUCACUCAGGAGGCUGAGGCAGGAAGAUCAGAAGUUCAAGGCAAGCCUGGGCUACAAAGCAAGACUCUGUCUCAAAAAAAAAAAAGAGGAAAGUUUAUAUGAUCUGCUUUUCAUCUUAACUUAACCAUGGUUACUCUGACCUCUUGUGAUGCCAAAAUAAAAAUUUUUUUAAAGGACUGUCGGUCUAGCUCAGUGGUGGAGUGCUUUCCUAGCAUUCUCAAGGUUCUGUGUUCAAUCCCUUGUACCACAUGCACACAAAAAAGUUAUGUGAUAGAAAUUGUAAACCUACAGCUUGCAAUUCCUCAAAUUCCACUUGAAUUUCAUUUUAAAGUGAAUUUAGAUUAGGAAAGGGCCUUAGAAAGCAUGUCUAAUACCCAAAUCUAGAAUAUUGAAGCCUCCUAAUUACCUAUCAGACAAGACAUCAAUUUCUGGCUUUCUCAUUUCUCUCAG